ACCAGCAAAGAUGGAUAACUUGCAAGAGAUGUCCGAUGUUCUGAGGAGAGUAUCCUUGAUCUCCAUAACGAAACCUGAUGGAUUGGUGGAUAAAUUAAGUAAAGACAAACACAAGCCCAAGGAUACUUUGUACAUGGUACACACUUUAAGUUUACUAUUUGGUGCGCUCAAUAUGCUUCCUUUGACUUUCUUCAUAACGGCUAACGAUUACUGGAUGUAUAAAUUUAGAGACACGACAAAGGACACGAUAGAUCUGAAUAAUAAGACGACCCUUGAAAAAUAUUUCGUGUCAGGAAGUCUGGUAGUCCAAACUAUACCCUCUAUAGCGACUAUGUUACUAGCGGUAACUUUCGGACAUAGAUUUAAAAUACAACCCAGGGUUAUUAUAUCGUUGACUUCAAUAAAUAUUAUUUUUGUUGUAUUUACUGCCUUCAUAAAGGUUAACACAGACACAUGGCAGGUGACAUUUUUUGUGCUCACUCUUCUGGGAAUGGCUCUUAUAACGGGUGCCAUUAACCUGUUCCAAGUCACCUCUACGGUUAUUAUAUCGAAAUUCCCUCCAGUUUAUAUGAAGACUUUUUUAUUCGGCCAGGGAAUGGCGUCGAUUUUCAACGCAACCUUGCAAAUUAUAUCUUUGGCUCUUGGAACCUCCACUGAAACUUCAGCACUUUUCUAUUUCAUUGCAGGCACCCUAGUAAUCUUUCUAACCUGGGUAUUAUAUCUGCUCGUUCAGCACAUGACCUUCUACAAGUAUUACAUGCAGAUAGAGCUGGAAGAUAAGAAGAAGAACCACUCGAAAGAAGACAUUAAGGCUGCGUUCUUUCGAAUAUGGCCCUGUUUGGCUACAAUGUGCCUAAUAUUCCUUAGUAUGAGCCUGACUCAUCCUUGCAUUACCACUUUAGUCGUUUCAGAGAACUAUGGCAAUGGGAAUAAAUGGAACGAUAUGUACUUUGUACCUACCAUUACAUUCUUGUUUACUGAAUCGUGUUCACAGUUUGGAAGGUUAUUGUCUCGGCCCAUAAUCACGAAAUCUAGUGGUCCCUGGAUAGUAGGCUUUGUCAUUCUCAGGAUGAUAGUCUUGGUACCUCUGGUGUGGUUUUGUAACGCGCAGCCAAGGAGCCACCUUCCAGUUCUACUGCCACACGACUGGCAGUACAUUCUGGUCCUCGUAUUAUAUUUUGUGACUUCCGGAUUCAUAAUUAACGCUUCCAUUCUCAGCAUCCCGCGACUCGCAAAGGAAAAAGUAGACGUGGCCUACUUGCUCUUGCUUAGUACCAUAGGAGUAGCUGCGGGUGUAAGUUCUCCCGCUAGUUUACUAGCUGUUCGUAUACUGUGAUAUUAUAGACUAUGCCUAUUUACUCAUCGACCUUGACUCACAAUCAGCUGUACCUUUUAAACUUUUCAAUAAUUUCUCAUUACUUCUAGGUCGGAGCAAUAGAGUAAUUUACAAACGUUUUCUUCAGCUGAACUACGGAUUUUCUAUACAGGGUGGUCCCGAGGUAAUGGGCCAAAAUUCAUGGGUGGAUUCCCGAAGCAAAAAU